AUGAAGACAAGUAAAUUCUACCGAGCUUGCCGUACUGGAGACAUAAAGACUGUGGAAGAACUUCUUUCAACAUUAUCAUUAGACGAGAUCAAUCAGUUUGAGCCAAACGGUAGCACGGCGCUUCAUUGUGCUUCGUGCUAUGGUCAUGCUGAAAUUGUCAAGCAACUUCUUGAUAAAGGAGCAUCUCGUUCGCUGAAAAAUAAAUACGGUAAGACUGCGGCUGAUGAGGCAGCUACUAUGCAAAUUAAGGUGCUCUUCAAUCGUCCAUUUCAUGAAGCAACCGCACGUUAUGUUACCGAAACACAAGAUGUUGAAUGGAAUAUAGUUGACGAAGAAAUCUCCAGCACGGUAUGGCACACAAGGAAGAUACUAAACAAACAUUAUUGGGAUGUGGACACUGCAUUUCAAGAGCUUAGUAAAGCUGAAGAGUUACAGUAUGCAAAAGGAAAAGAACAAAUACAGUAUCAUCUGGAGAAGCUUCGUGAGACACAAGAUGCAAUUUGGCUUCUUCGACUUUACACAGCAGAAACGGACUUUUAUCGUAUACUUAACUAUCUUAGUGCAGAUACAUGGGAAACAUAUUCAGAGGCCACAUUAUCAAAAUGGUACGUCGUGUUUGCUAAUACACUGCGCAAUAGUGACUCGAUCAAAAAUUUUCUAUGGAAGGGCAAAUGUUAUCGAGGAAUGCACAUUAAGAAAGAAGAUCUGUGUCAGUAUAAAGAAGGUUAUUGCAUUAUGAACAAAUCGUUUCUUUCGACGUCAAAAAACCGUGAAGUUGCUCAAAGAUUUCUUUCUCGUACACCACCUGACAAAAUAGGUGUCAUGUGCAUUUAUGAAAGCUUAAACUGGGAAGCGUUUUUUGAUAUUCAAUCAAUUUCUCAGUUUCCGGAAGAAGAAGAAGUUCUAAUCUUUCCAAAUACUGGCUUUGAUGUGAAACGAAUAACGCAUGAUGAACCUGUAGAAAUUGAACUCGAACUCGGUGGCUAA